GCAGGGCUUAGCUGAGGUUGUGCAGCGCUGGAAAAGCCUUGUGGAGUUUAGACUGCGAGCUGCCGGGGACACCUCCGUAUCGCUCCCUGCAACCUGUUGCCCUCUCCAACUUUCCGUCCACCCUGGGAGCCGCCAAGUAAUGGACUAUUAGACACUGAGCACAACCUGCCGGCACCGCACAGCAACUUACAAGCGAGCAGUCUAAAGCACCACUGACCUCCCGUCAUCAGCAACAGACACAGAAGCAGCAGCCAUGGGCAAACAGAACAGCAAGCUCCGUCCCGAGGUCAUGCAGGACCUGGUGGAGAACACGGACUUCACCGAGCACGAGAUCGCCGAGUGGUACAAGGGCUUCCUGCGGGACUGCCCCAGCGGCGCGCUCUCCAUGGACGAGUUCAAGAAGAUCUACGGCAACUUCUUCCCGUACGGUGACGCCUCCAAGUUCGCCGAACAUGUCUUCCGCACGUUUGACGCCAACGGGGACGGGACUAUAGACUUCAGGGAGUUCAUCAUAGCGCUGAGCGUGACGUCCCGCGGUCGGCUGGACCAGAAGCUGAAGUGGGCCUUCAGCAUGUACGACCUGGACGGGAACGGCUACAUCAGCAAGGCCGAGAUGCUGGAGAUUGUAUCGGCUAUUUACAAGAUGGUUUCUUCAGUGAUGAAGAUGCCAGAGGAUGAGUCCACACCUGAGAAACGCACAGACAAGAUCUUCAGGCAGAUGGACACAAAUCGGGAUGGUAAACUGUCCCUGGAGGAGUUUGUGGAGGGAGCGAAGAACGAUCCUUCCAUCGUGCGGCUGCUGCAGUGCGACCCCAGCAGUGCUGGGCAGUAAACGACUGGACUCUUCCACCACAGUUUGAUUUAUUUGACUAAUUUAAAAAUCUCUCCCCGUUGACCCAUCUGUGAUUGUCGAUCUCAUCACUUUAGCUAUGGAGGCACAUGCAGUAACACACACACAUGUACAGGAAGACGUACAGGCAACAUGCAAGUGUUCCUGCACAUACUAGAAAUACCAAAGCCCGGCAUUCAUUUAAUGAUUGAGACACGCACAAACACACACACACACACACACACGCACACGCACACACACACACACACACAACAUACAUGUGCCUCUCUGCGCCUGGUCAAAAGCUACAGACAACACGGGUCCCAGAUACGGUACACACAGCUACAGUCCCAUCAAAGACUCGCUAAACACUGAAUCUAACCUGUCCGAGAAGAUGGCCUCUAAGGAUAAUCCAUCAGAUGCAUGAAGUAUGUCCAGCCUUUUGAGAAUUGAGCCGAAUCCAAGUCCGCUGUUCUUUUUGUUUUAUUUGUGACAUUUUUUAAGCAUUGCUCCUGAGUAAAAAAGGGAAUAAUGGCCGACUUGGGCUCUGUGACAGUGGGCAGAUCCUCACAAAGUCUCGUGUAACUCUGCAAUGUAACUCCGUGUUAACACUGGAUGUCAUGAAGUAUGUGAGCCUGCAGCCGCAAACGUUCACAGCUGACAAGAGCGGAUAUGCAUACAGGAGGUCUGGAAAUGUUAGUUUUUAACCAUAGAAGAAGAUUUUUAGAAGGGAUGAAAGAUUCUAUUAAGAUAUAUUGUGGAAGAAUGUUAAUCGAAAUGUUGAAGAGUAAUAUUCUGAAUACAGAUCACAGCAUCUGUCACUUUCAGAGGAGAGUGACUUUAUGCCACGUUCUGUGUCCACACACACACACACACACACUCUCAAAUACAUUCACCUCACUGACGACUACAUGAACUUGACAACUGAGCUGUGAUCCUCUUUCUUCAUCUAUGGUUCAAGGAGUGUAUGAGCAAAAGUGUUAGGUGAUAUAAAUAGAAAAUAUAUACUUAUAUAUUCUUUUACUCUGUGAUAACGUUGCAGUGAUUUCCUGCAAUGGGACAGAUUCACUUUAAAGUUACGACAUAAAUUAUUGGAAUGUGAUACAUUUUAUUUUGUUUUACUUGAUGAACAUGAUAUGAAAUAUGUACAGUAUAUUCACUCAUAUUUAUGCUAGAAAUGUAAAAAGGAGAGGACCACACAUAAUGCUACGCAUUACGCUUUGAACAUCCACUGCUACAUACAGUGUACAGAGCUUGUUUUUCCCCUUUUGGCCGCAAGAAAACGAUGACAGUUGUCACAAUAAAAAGAAAAAAGAAAAAAAAAAAAAAAAAACAAGUUCCCCCUCUGAGCGCCGUGGUUCAGCAGCCAUUAACUUUAUAUUGCACUAUGCUUGUGUGUGUGAGCAGGCUGCUUCUCAAAGUGGUGUAUGCUGGAAGUGUAAAGGUUAUCACGUUUUGGAGCAUCACAUCUUGUGAAUGUGCACUUUUCUUUCUAAGUGUAUUUGAGCACCGAGGUACAGAUGCAUUUUCAAUUGUAAUGCAGUGAUGGAGAUUACAGAGAAGACGUGUAUGACUCCUUUGCGCACUGGCAGGGAUGUAAAAGCACACUUUAAUAAUCUGAACUGAACAAACCCCCCACUGCUUCGUUUGUUAGCGCUGAAGCCAGUAGCUGGUGUCGGCAGCGCCCCCUAGACUUGGCCAUGGUCUCUGUAGGAUUGCAGGUAGCUGUUUACUUUGCCCCGACUGCUAACACUGCCUAAUUUACGCCUCGACGGUGGCUGCCACUGCUAAUGAGUAAGCAGCAUGAGACAGUUUCACAAGUGGAUGAAUGGGACUCGGGGAAAACAUGAAUUCUCUGGGCUUCUCCACAAUUCAAACAGGCGAUCAGGUACUCUCAGUCCCUCAUUUCAUUCAAUAGCAUAUUGUGGUCAAGUGCCAAAUGUAGACAAAUACAAAAAAAUUAAAAACAAAAAAAA